CCUAUAUAAGUCCUGAUUCCCCCCCCAUCUGCUAUCUUUCUGCAGUCCAGUUUCCACAGCCAGCAGCAAGCAGAAAAUAUCUUGAAUACUUCCAAAUAUUUCCACGCGCUCAAGAUGGCCACUUUGGCCUUCAAACCAUAUACUUAUGUGCCAACUGCUCCGCGUUCCAAGAGCGCAACAAGCCGCCGCAAACCUUCCUCGAGGCCAAUCAGCAUCUUCGACAAGCUCCAGCGCAUUAAUCCGAGUAGUACAGAACUCAGCAUGCCGCAAUCAGCAGUUGCUAACGAUCGUGGGAGUAACGAUCUUGGAAUCCGAGGGAACAGUAUGGUCACCAACGAUAACGAAAACGACGACGACUUCGACCUUCCCUCUAUCGAACAACUGCUAUAUACCACGCUACAGAAGGAGAGCUUUGCAGCGGAGGACCAGCUUUUAAAUAACGCGACCUUCGAAGUUGGGGAUAGAACUAUAAAUGAGAGGGGCGGCUCUCUUAAUAAUAACGGGUCAGUACCAAGCAGUAACCCAAGCGGUAGUCCAGGAGAUCUAAUUGUGCUACUGGGCGAUGACGACUCAAGUGCCUCUGAAGCUGAAGUCGACGACAGUGGUCUUUGUGCUGAAAGUGCAGCGGCAGAUGAAGGUCUUCUUAAUAGCCCAGAGACCGCCAUCGACUCAACAACCCCGGCCCCUCCCAAUUCCGACGUAUGGCACGAUAUUAAUGACCUACUCGAGACGGCAGAGCGCUUGCGGCACUCUGAACCAAAACCUUUGACGUUAGAUUCUAUGCGCCAUCAUACUUCCUCUACUUCCAGUGCCUCGAGCGAGCCAUUGCACGACCACAUCAGUGCAGCAGGCCACUGUACGGUCUGCGCUAAGUCUGAGGCCACGAUGUACCCUCCUGCUCGUUAUCGUAAUCACCCCCCCUACCAUCUUCCUACGGUGCGAAGCGCAGCAGACGAGCAUGAGCUGGUCCGCCCUGCACUGAAUUCCGAUAUCUUUGAUGAGGAGGAGAGACAGCGACAGGAGGAGGAGGAGCAGGAUGAUUGGGGCUACGGCAAUAACAACAAUAACGAGGACGGCAGGCAGCUGCAGCAAGAGGUAAAAGAAGAUGUGACAGCGACGCUGACGUCCGAAAAAGUUGGCGAUACCCAUCUAUCCAGCAAGGAUGAAAGCUUAAGGCUGGCCACCCACGAUCCAUCUCCAGAGCUGAGUCAGGAUAAGUUAGGGAGCCAUAGCAGUAAUUCCAGUGACGACGAGCUUAACAGCAAUCCCGUGUCGAUCAAUGUGGAUAGGGAACCACGUCCUGCUAAGCGGAAACGAUCAUCCUCAUCUAACAACCCAAUAUACAAGAAGCGCAAGCGUCAUCUUGAGCAGAGGUCUAACCCCCAACGUAGACCACACGCCAAGCUCCGUCAGCACUCUCCGAAAUCAUACUCCCCUCUUGAUCAUGGUUCAAGAGUCACCGCAGUGUCUAGUGCCAGGGAUCGAUUGCCUUCGCCAGCACCUUUGACGCCACAAACUAUAGAUACAGAGAUACCAUCUGAUAGCGACAACCUUGGCCGAUCAUCUAGUAAUAUCCUACCGACGCUAACCGAGGUUACAUUCCGUCCACACUCUACACGCUGCUGCUCCUUUAUAGCGGUGGUCCGAGAUAGUCGCGACGGGCGAGGAAUCUCUUUUAGCCAGCUUGCCCAACUUAUCGAGAGCGUUGGCCAUGUGGGGAGAAUUAAUGACUUCACUAUCAAGCCAAUAGAGCAAUAUUCGUUCCUGUUAACUGGCUUCAGCCGGCAUACCUCAUCCCCGCUCUCCAGUGGCACGAUUUUAUCGCCUAUUAUGGAGGCAAACUAUGUCUUCGACAACGCGCCUUUAACUACACUUUAGCAUAGCAAAGCCGUCGGCGCUAGAGCUCUGCUAUCGGAAGAGAGUGAACCAUUAACGACGAUGACGCCUGUUCGAGUAAAAAAAAGCAGGGUUCUAGCGUAAG